UUGCAUAUCGGACCAAAUAUCUCAAGGGACAAAACGUCGGUGAGAUGUUUGACAGGUUUUUAAAGAACCACCCUACGUUUUGAUUAAAAUCGAUAUUUUAACGAUUUUGCUUACAUUGUUUGUGUCAAUAUCGUCCUGUGAAAAUUACUAAAGCCCAGUUUAGGUGUGUUGACAGGAAAAUAUCUGGUAGCUCUUUGAGAGGCAUCAAUCUAAACAUCUUAGAUCAUGGUGGUAAACUCUCCUUCUCCUCUGCCUGAGAGAGCCAUCUAUGGGUUUGUCCUUUACCUAGGCUCUCAGUUUGGCUUCUUUCUGUAUUGCCUGUGGGCAUUCAUACCAGAGGAGUGGCUUCAUUCAAUAGGGCUUACUUACUGGCCUCAAAAAUAUUGGGCCCUUGCUGCACCCAUCUAUCUGCUGGUGACUUUAGUGAUUAUUGUGGUGUUGCUGUUUGGUGUGAACAUGAACAACACGGCUCCACUGGACUCCCUGGACAACAUGACAGAUGUGUAUGCUAAAGGCCAGAAGACAACAGACUGCAACAAAGGCGGAAUACCCAGACUGAAGGAUAUUGACAUUAGUGAAGUCAACCGAAUGUUUUAUUUGUCACCUAAGCUAUGACAAAAAGAACCUCAUUUUAGCUGGAGGCUGAGAAGAAGGGAGGCUGCUGGGUAUUUAAUACCGGUGUCGGUGUUCUGCUUUAUUUAUUGCCUAAGGAACAAUGCAGCAUUGGGACAUUAUGUUAUAAAUCAAUUUACUUUUUGGGAUUGUUUCCGGAUCUACAUUGGAUCUUGUAAACUUGUACUUUGGAGAAAAUAUAGUAUACGAUUACAUUCAAUAAAUCAAUUUUUAAACAUGUUUGUUUUAUGCAAAUAUAUUUUUUAAUAAUUAUAACAUAUCAUUAACAAGCUAUGGUAUCUUGUAUACAUCAAAUUGUUUUCCAUUGUGAAUAUCAAGGGGAAGUUUGUAACCUCAGUGUCCACAAAAGAUCACAAGUGCUGAAGCAGUUUAGUGGGUUAUUGUUUGAUAUGCCAAGACUUACAAUGUUAAAGCACAAGAUACAUUCAUCUGAUCACAACUAGACCUCCGACUCAGAUCUAGUUCAGUCCGAAAGCACACGUCAAUAUUUUAUUUGAAUUUUUACCUACAUUUCCUCUUUUUCACUUUAAGUUCCGCACCAUAUUUUUUUAUGCUGAGAUACUAUGUAUUUUUAACUGAUAAGCGUUUUUUUCUUUAUAGUAAAGGCUUAGGAUAUCAAAGACUCUAUAUAGAAAGGGGAUAUCUAUUAAACAGAUGGAGGAAAUCAGCACUUGUUACAAAGACAAUUAAAGUGAGGUUGUACAACCCAGGGAGCCCAAAGUCAAUUCAUUUUAAGUUCCUUAAAAGUUCAAAUAAAGUGUAUUUCUUUCAAAAUA